GCCAGUGAAGCGAUGGCAGGGACGGAGCCGACGCUCAGAGGGGAAUGAGAACUUGUCGGGGAUGGCGGACAAACCUCUGACACUGUUCGUGAAGCUGUUUGCCGCUGGGUUUUACGGUCUGAGCUCGUUUCUCAUCGUCGUUGUGAACAAAAGUGUCCUCACCAACUACAGGUUCCCGUCUUCAAUAUGUGUUGGAAUUGGACAAAUGUUGGCCACAGUGGUUGUGCUGUGGGUGGGCAAGGCUGCGAGGGUGAUCAGCUUCCCGGACUGUGAUGAGAGCAUACCUCGCAAGACGUUUCCUCUACCUCUCCUUUAUGUGGGAAAUCAAAUCACUGGUCUGUUUGGAACCAAAAGGCUAAAUCUGCCGAUGUUUACUGUCCUCAGGAGGUUUUCCAUUUUAUUCACAAUGCUGGCCGAGGGAUUUCUGCUCAAGAAGAAAUUCUCCAGGUCAGUGCAGCUGACAGUAUUUACAAUGAUCCUCGGGGCGUUUAUAGCCGCAAGUGCUGACUUGUCCUUUGACCUGCAAGGCUACGUGUUCAUUCUCCUGAACGACGUGCUCACUGCAGCCAACGGAGCCUAUGUGAAACAAAAAUUAGAUGCAAAGGAGUUGGGGAAAUAUGGAUUGCUGUAUUAUAAUGCAUUAUUUAUGAUAAUCCCCACUGUACUGUUGGCUCAUGUGACUGGAGAUAUGCAGAAGGCAGUGGAAUAUGAAGGUUGGUCGGAUAUAGUUUUCCUCGCCCAGUUCAUCCUCUCUUGCAUCAUGGGGUUUGUUCUGAUGUAUUCCACUGUGCUUUGUACGCAAUACAACUCUGCAUUAACAACCACAAUUGUGGGCUGCAUCAAGAAUGUCCUGGUGACAUACAUUGGGAUGGUGUUCAGUGGAGACUACAUUUUCUCUUGGACAAACUUCAUAGGUUUGAAUAUCAGUAUUGCAGGCAGCCUUGUGUACUCCUACAUCACUUUGACAGAGGAGCAGUCCAACAAAGCAAGUGAAAACACCAAGCUGGACAUCAAAGGCAAGGUGGUUGUAUGACAGAGACACUGGAGUUUAUUAUUUUUAUGCUGAUGAACGAGAAAACUCUAUUUUUAGUACGACUUUAAUUUAUGGAGCAUUUUAGCAGAAGUGUGGGAUGAUGGGAACAGUGCUGGGGAAACGUCUUUGUGUGUUUGUGUGGAAACCGAGCCACACCAUCACCAUGACUCUCCUGCUGCUGCCAUGGUUACAAACCCUCCAGAGGGAUUGUGGGUUGUUUUUUUUUAGAUGGUGUUUUCUUUUUAAAUAUUUGUAUUUUGAUACUGUACAUGUGAGCAUUGAAAGAAGGGAAACAUGGAACCAAUAUUAUUUAUGUUACAACAUUUUCUGACACUUAGACAAACUAAACGUUAAAACGUUGGGGUGACGUAAUGUUUCCUGAAUACGGGGGUGAACAGCUGGAAUCAUCAGUUAUUUAAGCAUGGGUGUGUACUGACGAAUUGUGGGACUAUUAAGUAAUGGUUAUUUUAAAGGCACAAUCCUUACUUUUAUUGCCUUUUCUAUUUUGCUGUUUACAAGGAAUGUAACUUUAGAUGCCUUCUAAGCACAGUGAGAUGCACUGACACUGUAAUUAUCUGUUGUUUCAGUCUUUAGUACAUUUCUUUUCAUUUUUGCGCAUACACUGUUAUAAUCUUAUUACGGACGAACGGUAAUGACGGUGAUCUAACCUCAUCCUUCUAACAACCAAAGUGGAUGGGCAGUGGGCUGUUAGUUCCCAUCAAGGAUUGUGGCUUUAAAUAAAUGUUCUGCCUUCUUUUGGGAGAUAAAGAUUACGGUUUACAUUUUGCUCCCUCAGUAUUACAGAAUGUUUGUUGUGACUGGUCCUCUCUAUGCAGAAUUAAAGGUCAAGUGUGUAAGAUUUAGGGAAAUUAUGCAGCAUGUAGCGAUAAGGAUAGCAAACAGCUAUAACUUAUAACUUAUAGUUCACUUUUAUCCUGUAGAGCUCUUUGUCAAGUCAGUUUCUGCAUAAGUGCGACGAGUGAAUCAUGAAUCAUCCCUCUGACAUUUAAUGAUAGUGAUGAUUAAGAUUUUAGUCUAAUAAGUGGUAGAGGGGCACGAGUAUGGAUAUACAAACAGAUGUUUCAGAGCGUUUCCACAUCCAUUUAUGGCAAACUGUGGGUGAGGAAAUGAGGCUUUUGCCUGAGGACCUGGUGUCACAGUGUUCAAGAUUUAUAAAACAAAAUCAGGUGUUUGACAAAAAGAAUUUUCAUGCACAUUUCUGCCUUUCUGUAUAUACACAGUUUAGCCAUGAAUCUAGAGGUUUCUGCAUCUGGCCUCAGGUGAUUUAAACCGGCAAAAACACUAAAUAAAGCAAUCACAAAAACACAAUCUGAAUUAUCUGCAGAGGUCUCAUCCUCUUUAAAAGAAACAGGACUUUAAACUAGUAAAACCUCUGAAUAAAGCAGUUUUGUGUUACAAAUCAGAGCAUCUCCAACAGUGCUCGGUGUAGAGGAGCUUCUAACUAUGGUGACCAAUGCGAAGUUGUGAAUGACCCUAUCUAGAGCCAGUGUUUGGUUUUUUGUUCUGGGCUACUCGCCUCUUAUAGAUAUAAGCAGCUUUUUCUAACAUAACAAAAACACAACAGUUCUUUUUUUAAAGGUGAUAAUACACUAAAGAAAAUACACUUAUUAUAUAUUCAGUUUCUGCCAGUUUAUCCCCCUAAAUCCUACACACUAGGCCUUUAACAAACAGUGCUUAUGGUUUGUUUUUUGUACAAGGGGAUCCAUUUGUUCUUUUUAUUUUCUUGACACAAUGUUAUCGCACUUUUAACUGAGGUAGCACCUGUAACAGGGUGAAACUGAAUUGCCUCACCUGUUACAUUCAUUGUUGGGACUGAGAUUAUUGUAUUCCUCUGAAAUGUACGUUUCAGGUUUUUUUAAGUAUUACAAGAGAACGUGGUUUUCUAAACCUUUAAUAGUCAGGUACAAGCGUUGACAGUUUUCUUUUUUUUUUUUUUUACAUUUUUAUGUAAAUUUUAUAUUUAUUACUUUUUUUAGACUAAUAUUCAUUUUGUAGGUGGAGUGGCUUGUGAAUUGUUGAUGCUGAUCUCAUCUCAAACACAGUAACCAUGGAUUUGUAGCCAAAACACAAUGUAUUUUUACAUUAAAAAAAACACCUUGUGGACACAACGUA